AUGCCGGAGGCGGCCCAGGAAGGAAAGACACCCAGAAGGAGGGGGCGACCCACUGGCUGGAACAACCGUGCUGCCCCCGCAGACACCACGGCACCGGCACCGGCACCGAGACCGGGGAGCCGGGCGGCACUGGCCAACCACGUGCAGGAGGUGCACCUGCUCCGGGUGGAGUCCAUCAGCGACCUGCACGGCGGAGGCUUGCUGUGCCCCUACCUGGCCGAGGAGGCGCAGCCGUGGGACGAGCUGCUGGGCCUCCUGCCUCCCGGCUGCAGCCGCGGGGCCUUCCUGCUGCUGCUCGCUCUGCUGGUGCUCGCCUGCCUGGCGCUGGCCAUCCUGGGGGUCUACCUGAGCGUGCUGCAGAGCGAAUCCCUCCGCACUACGGCGCACACCCUGCGCGCGCAGGAGGAGACCCUGCUCAGGCUGCGGCUGGCCAGCCUCAGCCAGCUGCGGAGGCUCAACGCCAGCGAGGCCGGGGCGCCCAGCUGAGACGGGCCGGGCUGGAGUCGGGGGGAGGCGUCUGUGGGGAAUAAACUGGCCCUUGGCAGGUCCCUCCUCUCCCUCUGCUGCUCCACACCACGUCCUGAGGGUUUCUGUGCCAGAGCCGGACCGGGCCCCACGGCUGGCUGCCCGCCGGCCUCCUCGGGCCAGGCCUGGCCAAGGCUCCCGGGCCAAGGCCCUGCUCGGGUGGCCCAAGGUCAGGGGACGCGAUGCCAGCUCCAGGCUCCUCCUGUGGCCGGCCAGCACGCCAUGGCCUCCCCGAGAGCAGGCUCCCAAGUCUGCCCCACCCCACUCACCCCAACGUGGCCAGGCUCCCCAGAGGGGGUCCGGCCUCAGCUCUCAGGACAGGCCGGGCUGAGCAGGAGGGCACCUGGGAGGCUCCGGAGGGCUCAGCAAGGCAGAGCUGGAAGAGUGAGCUGGGCCCAAGCUGGGGAGGGGAUUGGGGGAGGGGAAGGGGUGGAGGGGAGGGGAGGGGCAGGUAGACACCCAGGAGCCAGGGCCACAGCAGGCUGGCAGUUUAAUCACCUCCAAUGUCUUUAAAAGCCCGCACACGAAGCCUCCCCUCCACACGUGGUGACGUUCGGCCGCGCCUCCCUGUCCUCAGGGAGCGGUCAUCCCGGGACAGGUGCGCCUGGCCUGACGGACACAGGGCAGCAGAGGCCCCUGGCCGAGGGCGGGGGUCCAGAGUGGCCUGGCUCCAGCCGCCCACCCCCGUGUGUUUUUGGUUUAGCCGUUAAAAAAAUAAAGCGACACUUCCCGGCAGGGACCAGCUGUGCGCCGUCUUCUGU